AUGAAGUAAGGUUCUAAGAUGAGUUAAGUAGGUAGCCCUAACAACAAACUUAUUGAUACUUUGUUAUUAAAAUAAAAGAGUCCUUCAUAGUAUGUAAUAUAGAGUCCAUGUGUAUCACCUAAAUUAAUGGAUAUGGGGAAAGGUGUAUAACAUAGUAAAAACACCUCAAUAGAUUUAUCAAAAUUGACAAGUCUAAUGAAAUAAUAGAAAGUGAAAUAAGUAGAUGAGGGAUAGAUGAGUUAGCUUAUUGCAAAAGCUAGAGCAAUAGCUAUUUCUGCUAAGACACCAUAAGGACCUAUUCAUAUGAGAAAUGACUCAGCUUAAGUUAGAAAGGAAAAUAAGGAUCGAGAAGUUAUUAGUCCAAAGAUAUCAGAGGUAAAAUAGAUAGUUAAGGGAACAUUUACUUUUGAAUAUGUAAUUGGUAUUGGAGGAUUUGGAAAGGUGUGGAAAGUCAAAAGAGUUGCUUAAUAAUAUGCAAUGAAAGAGAUGUCAAAAGCAUUAGUAAUAACUAAGAAGAGUGUACAUUCAGUAAUGAAUGAACGUAUGUUGCUAAGUUAACUUAAACACACAUUUUUGAUUAAUAUGUAUUAUGCAUUUUAGGAUCGUGAAAACUUAUACUUAGUAAUGGAUUACAUGUGUGGCGGCGAUUUACGAUUUCAUAUAGGAAGAAUGAGACGAUUUAAUGAGGAACAGACUAGUAAUAGUAUUCGAUGAUAAUAAGAGUUUUUUGUGGCCUCUAUUUUUAUAGGGUUAGACUAUUUACAUACUAACAACAUCAUACACAGAGACAUAAAACCAGAGAAUUUGGUACUUGAUGAGAAGGGUUUUGUACACAUUACUGAUUUAGGAAUUGCUCGUAUAAUGAAACCUGAAAAUUCAAAUGAUACAAGUGGUACUCCUGGAUAUAUGGGUAAACAAAUUAAUUUAGUAAGUUAACUAGCUCCUGAGGUGAUGUGUAGACAGAAUCAUACAUUUGCAGUUGAUUAUUAUGCUUUAGGAGUAAUUGCAUAUGAAUUUAUGUUAGGGAGAGUAUUAUAUAAUAUAAAAUUAAAUAGAGACCUUAUGUUGGUAGAUCUAGAUAAGAGAUACGUGAUCAAAUACUUGCAAGAUAAGUAUAAAUUAGGGCAAGUGAAAUACCAGCUAAUUGGAGUGUUGAGGCUAUAGAUUUUGUAAAUCGUUUGUUAUAACGGAAACCAGCGAGUAGGCUUGGAUUCAAUGGAAGUUAUGAAAUAAAAUUGCAUCCUUGGUUUAAGAAUUUCCCAUGGUCUAAAUUACAAAAUAGAGAAUUGUCAGCACCAUUUAUUCCAAAUCCAAGUGAUGAUAAUUUUGAUUAGCGUUAAAUAGUUAUAGAGGAUGAAGAGAAUAGUGAAUUGAUUACUUAGAAUAUGUAAUUGCUAAGAGAUCCAAAUGUUUAACAAUAGUUUAUUGGUUAUGAAUAUCAAACAAAUAAUCAAAAUGAGAAAGUCUUUGUCUUUGA